AUUGUCCCCUGGGAGGCGGGGCUCUGUGAGUGCCGAUUGUCCCCUGGGAGGCGGGGCUCUGUGAGUGCUGACUGUCCCCUGGGAGGCAGGAUUUGAGUGGUGUUUCCUGGGCCCUUGACUGUAAGGCUCCCUGGAAUUCCAUGGUCUUGGCACUGUCUCUCAUUGCCCUGUGUAUUCCUUAGGGGCCCAUGUCAGUAAGCAGCAUGCAGGGGCCCAUUCCCUGGGAGUGGGAGCUGGGACUUACCGUGCUGUGCACUGGGCUCUCUGCUUGUAUCUUCGUGGCCACCUACCUUCAGCUCUGGCUGCUCCGAUUCUAUAAUCAGAGAAGGCUGAGUAUGCAGAGCCUGGGGCUCUUCCUAUGCCUGUUCUGGGGGGCCAUAAGGACUGUACUCUACUCCUACUACCUGAGCCAGAGUGCCCAGGGGGGCCCCCUGAAGCCCUUCCCCCAUUGGCUGCCCUACUGCUCCGCAGACUGCCUGCAGUUCCUCUCUCUGGCUCUGCUCAAUAUCUACCUCUCCAAGGUUAUUUUUAAAGCCAGCCUUGCACCUGGGUUUAAUGAAUGCAAAUGUCCUGUGCGUUCUGGUAUCUUCUUUGUGAGCCUUGUAUUCCUGAUAACAAAUCUGUCCCUUACCCUGGCUGCAGCCGGGACGGGCAGUCUGCAAAACUGGAUCCCAAAGGCCAGGAUGAUCAUCAGUGACGUUCUCUAUACUGGCUGUUCCAUCUCUCUGGCUACUUACAUCUGCAAUAUUUAUGGCGUAGCACCAGUAGCUGUGUAUCUGGAGUCCAAGGUAGGUACAUCUGGUAGCUGGGCCGUCUUUAUGUGCUUGGUAACGUGCACUAUGUACACUGUCAGAGCAUUGUAUAAUCUGGUGACAGUCUUCUUAAAACCAGAAGAUGAACAAAGUCCUCUGAGCUAUGGCUGGAAUGGAGUGUCCGACAAUGUUGCUACAGAAGAAAUUGAUAGUGUGGAGUAUGUCAUCUUUGGAAUAAUCUUCAUCACUUGUGAGAUUCUCCCAAUGAGUACGAUGGUAUAUUUUUUCAGGGCAAAAAAUCUAAAUCCGAAUCUGGAAGAGGGUGGUAUGGUGAACAGUCAAAGCUUUGGCUCGAGAACUUACUUUUUUGAUAACCCACGACGCUAUGACAGCGAUGAUGACUUGCCAAAACUAGCAGAAAAAAAGGGAGGACGGGCAAGCUUGUCAUCGGUUUCCAAAUACCGGUCCCCACAUGAAGGCAUAUGCCCAAGUGGAAGCUGUGCUAUCUCUCCACCUCUUCAGAAGGAUUCGACUGGGUCUCCUGUACACUUCACCUGUGGAGGGCACACCAUGGCGUGACGGUCCGUUCGUUGUGGGAUAGAAUAAAAUCUGUUGGCCAAGCAGUGUUUCCAUGAAUCUCAUACAUUCCAAAUCCAGUCUUCUCAACCCAGCUGAACAUAUCCUUAAAGCUCUCUGGUCAAAUUGGGUUCAUCUUUCUCUAGACUUUAGCACUGACUUCACAAUGCAAUAACUGCUGACUUUAAUAUAAAGAUACUCAUUGAAUUUCAAUGGCUGUUCCUUUAUAUGGCCCCUUAAUUCCUGCCUGGGCUCAGUUCAUUUAGUUGGUUUUGGGAGUGAUUUGACUACUGAAAGUUAAAUGAUUUUUCUCUUAAUCCUUGUUCACACUUCUAUACCUCACGUUCUAAAAUAAGAAACCCGGACAAUCUCCAUACAGUAGGUCUGGGGUGUUUGCAACCUAUACUUGGGGCCUGGCUGGAAUUGUGAGAUCUGGCCAGUGUAGGGGUCCCCAGAAAAGGUUUGAAGAUGGAAGGCAAAAUGAUAACCUUCAUGAACUGGUAGAUAAAUGUUUCAAAAAGUGGAUCAUAUAGACAUACGAUUUGUGAAUGCUACUAAAUACCUCUGGUACAGGCUAUAACUUACACUUUAUUAUUCUCUAGAUUAUUGCAGAUUUGCACAUCAAAGUUGUUUGUAAAUAAGCAUCCAGGUACACGCUGCCAAAUGUAAAUCUGGGAGACCGGGGAUGGCUACAAUCUGCUGCCAGGCAGAGUGCGUUUUUGUUUAAUUUAAUGACAAAGACUUUGUGAUAGACCAGAGCAUGAUGUGACUAACCUCCUCCAUGAAAGGAAACCUGUAUUUAAAUUGUAAAGGCCGCAGGAGCUGCUUCCCACUCAGCAUUUGGAAGUGAAGCAAAGACAAUGUUUUAUAUUUGCAAUAUCACAAACCAUUGCGGAGUGCAGUCCUAAAAUCUAACUGGAUAACACUGAUGGCUAGACUCGGGGUUAGACUCCUUUACCUCGGGUCAUGCUUGUCUGACUGUCAAACGCCACUGGAAGAAUUGGGUGUUCCCUAAAGGCCAGAAACAGACAUGGUGAUGUAGUUCUGGACAGGUUCUGUGAAUGCCAUAAACUGUCUGUCAUCUGGUACUCUAGAUACUCCCCAGACUUGUGCUAAGCUGGACCUGAUUUCUUGUUUUUUAGUGUUUUCAACCCAGUCACAUUUCCCUAUUCGGUCGGUGUGAUACUGACUUGGGAAUGUCCUCGUCUUGGCGUUGGCAUUUAUAUAUCGAUUUGCACAGAAUCCUGAAAGGAAUUGGAUCUAGCAAUGUUAAUUUUGGUUUCAGUGGAACUUAUCAUAUUGUUAUCUGGUGGUGGCAGUAUGGACAUAUAGACGCUGAGGAUACUGUGCUGACACAGAUGAAUUUGACUUUCAAACUAUAACAUGUAUUGGCAUAUAUCCGUGGGAGCUCGGAUUUAGAAUAUGAAGCCGUAAGUGCGGUCAGUAGCACCUCUCACAAUUUGGGAAAGUCAUUUGUGGCGUUCUCUUUUUUUUUUUUUUUGGAGCAAGGCAUAAACAAAGUUCGUCCGUUACUAGGCCCAACUGUAAUCCCUCCCCAGCUGAUCUCCCCUCCCUCC